AUGAACUUCGCUGCCCAGUUCUUCUACUACACUUUCCAGAGCGAUGGGACCCCCUGGAAGGCCAGCUUCAGUGACACUGAGGAAACUGACCCCUUCUGGCAAAGCGAGGAGGAGCGAAUAGGCGGUAACAGGAAGCACAGUACCUUCCUGGAUGGGCGUGGCCUUAAGGUCGGACCUGCGGCGAAUGGCUGCCUGGUGCGCAGGGUCACGCCCAUCCACCCGGAGCGGCUGAAGGACUUUGGGGAGGAGGAGUACCUGAACGGGGACGUGAGGAUGUGGGAGACCAAGGUGGUGGGACAGCCUGAGCCCCAGCUGAUGUCCACGCCCAAACCUGCUACAAAGCGGGGCAGCGACGUCAAGGCCCCGCCCAAACCCCCGCCAGUGGCCCCGCCCGAACCCCUGUGCUUUGAGGACAUCAGUGCAGCUGCCUUCAGAAUCCAGUCAGGGCUGCAGAAGACCCCCUGCACGUAUUCCCGCCUGUCCAAGCUCUAUGGCAUGGAGAUCUUCCUCAAAAAGGAGCACCUGCACUACACAGGGUCUGUGAAGGAGAGAGGGGUGUUGUAUCUCUUAACCUCCCUGACACAGGAGCAGCAGAGGAAGGGGGUGAUCGUGGCAGCAGAUAAUAACUUCUCCAUGGCGGUAUCGCACCACGCGGCCGACCUGCGCAUCCCGGUGUUCGUCAUCAUGCCGGCCGGCUGCGCCCCGGCGCGGCUGCGCCUUUACCGCGACUACGGCGCCAUGGUGAUCUCCUAUGGCAACACGCCGCGCCUCUCCCAGAGCCACGCCCGACACCUGGCCAAGCAGAACGACUACCUGUACCUGGAGGAAGAUGACAGUGCAGUGUACAUGGCAGGGCUGGGCACAGUGGGGAUGGAGCUGUAUGAGCAGGUUCCCAGGCUGGAUGCUGUCCUCCUGCCCGCGGGAGGGAACUGCAGCCUGCUGGCAGGAGCUGCGGCCGCCCUCAAACACAUCAACCCCCAAAUAUCUGUCAUUGGAGUUGAGCUUGAAGAUUACCCCGUCCUUCUCCAGUCUCUUAAAAACGACAGUCCUGUGACAGAGCUCCACAGCUCUCCCAACAGUAAGCUCUUUGGAGAUUUAGUGGGUCCUCCCCUGGGUGGACACGCAUUUCAACUGGCCAAGAAACUGGUGGACAAAGUCAUCUCCGUGAGGGAGGAGGAGGCUCUGGUGGCCAUGCUUCGGUUUCAGGAGUACGAGAGGUCCACAGUGGACGCUGAAGGGGCCAUCGGACUGGCUGCCAUCUUAGCUGGGAAGCUGUCAGAACUCAAGGGAAGGAGGGUCUCAGUGGUAGUGAGCAGCGCUAACAUGGAGCUAGCUGUGCUCAGGCAGUGUGUGGAGCGGGCGCUGAUCCUGGACCAGCACGUUGUGCGCUUCGUGGUGGAGCUUGGGGACUUGCCUGCUGACAUGGCCUGGCUGCUGGAGAUUCUGGCCAGAGAGGACGUCAGGUUACUCAGCGUGUGUCACCGGAGACACGGCGGCCGAUCCGAUCUCUUCAAAGCUCAGGUGGAGUGUGUGGUCGAGAUGCGUGACAGAACACGGAGCUCCAAACUGCAGACCACACUCUCCGAGCGUUAUCCGUCCCUGCGCUGGCUGGAUCGAUGA